UAAUAGCCACCUAGUAAAGUUUUGCAGAUUAGUUAAGUAGUCUAUAAAAGUCUUUGAAUUUGAUUUUAUAGAGUCUAUCAAAAUUCAAAGGUAACAGGAACCGGUAGUAGUGGUAGCAGUAGUUCUUUCUUUCGUUCAUUCUAAACAAGACGUCGUUCUUUCAUUCAAAUAAACAUCCGCUUUGCCACCUGUCAAGGCAACAAAAGUCAACCAAACGUCACUGAGUUGACUUGACUGAGUCAUUGACAAAUUGACGUUGACGGUGGUUCCGUGUAUUCGUUAAAAUAGUGUGAUAAAAAUAAGAUAAAAAAAGUAUUAAAAUAUUCUUAAAUGAAAUGUAUUCAACAUCGUUCAUUUAAGUGGUGCCUUUCGGCAGUCAAACUCCGGGUAGGGAUUAAACCGCACGAACAAACUGUUUACGAAACAAACGGAAGAACCGUAAACUAAGGAAAGUAAGCAAGAAUCGGCGGUGAAAGUUUGUCUAAAAUGUUUCGUGCUAAAUCGUGAAGAUAUGCUACUUGUUAUGGCAUAUAAUUAAGUUAAAUUAAAACAAUUGGCACCUUACUUGUUAAUGUUAAGUUUGAGAAAAUAGUAAAAUUGUGUUUUGAAAACUCGUCACAGAAGUUAAUUACAAAUGGCUUUAAAAAUGGAACCAAAGAGUGACCUAGAUUUUAUCUUAAGGAAUUUAUUAGCAGGAGGUGUAGCUGGCAUGUGUGCUAAAACGGCAGUAGCUCCACUUGACAGAAUAAAGAUCCUCCUGCAAGCACAAUCAGUUCAUUAUAAACAUCAUGGAGUGUUCGGAGGACUGACUGCAAUUGUCAAACAAGAAUCCAUCUUUGCUCUAUACAAGGGGAAUGGUGCUCAAAUGGUCAGAAUAUUCCCAUAUGCGGCGACACAAUUCACAAGUUUUGAGAUUUACAAGAAGUACCUAAGCGCGAUAAACAUCCCAAUGGUGCAGCACGGGGAUAAAUUUGUGGCGGGUGCAGCGGCCGGCGUUACUGCGGUCACGCUUACCUACCCGCUUGACACGAUACGAGCGCGUCUCGCCUUCCAAGUGACAGGCGAGCAUCGGUACACUGGUAUCGCUAACACUGCCAUCACCAUGUUCCGCACGGAGGGCGGUAUCCACGCUCUAUACCGCGGCUUCGUGCCGACCAUGGUGGGUAUGAUCCCUUACGCAGGCUUCAGUUUCUACUGCUUCGAGUCCCUCAAGUACGUCUGUAUGAAGUACGCGCCCACCACACUCUGCAGGAAAUGCGACAGGAACACAGGUGGGCUGGUGCUGACGGUGCCGGGCAAGCUGGUGUGCGGCGGGCUGGCGGGCGCGGUGGCGCAGUCCGUGUCCUACCCGCUGGACGUGACGCGCCGCCGCAUGCAGCUCGCCUGCAUGGACCCCAACACUGCCAAGUUCGGCGCGGGAAUGAUCAAAACAUUGACGUUGAUAUACCGAGAGAAUGGUAUCACGAAGGGUCUGUACCGCGGCAUGAGCAUCAACUACCUCAGAGCUAUACCAAUGGUGGCCACCUCCUUCUCGACGUACGAGCUCAUGAAGCAACUGCUGCAAUUAGACACUGGCAUGACUGUCGCGUAAAUUAAUUUAUACGACCCUAUGAACAAGAGAAACUAACCUAGCACGAAAUGUUACAUAACAUUCGUAGUUAUCUUCGAAAUAUGUAUGAGUAUUCGAAUAGAAAUGUAAAAAUUACGAAUACUUUUGUAAAUUUUCGUGCUAGACUCUACAUUAAUUCAUCUGUCUUUGUUAAAAGAUCUUUUGUGUCCAAAUAGGUUUUAUAUUUAGAAGCCGCCAGAACUUCGCUCACAGAGCCAGAUAAGUUUGACGCAUUAUUUAGUAGAAAAAUAUACCAAGCUAACAAAAAACUACCAAUUGGUAGGAAUAUAUUAAGGGGUAUUGUAUUGUCUCUCUGUUCUUUUUUCUUUAAUCUGUAGUCGGCAGAUUCAUGACGUCAGAAACAGUAUUUAGUAGUAUUUCUCAAAUACAAUAUUUGUUUAAAAAUAGAUAAUCUCUGAUUGUAUUUAAUUAUAUACAGACUGUACUUGUCAGAUAAAUGAUGUAUGCAAUAAUUUCUGAAAAAAAUCUACAAUUUUAUAUGUACGUAGUUAAAUUAUUUCUACCCAAGAUUUAAAAAGGCAACAUCAUGUAGCAAUUCAUUUGUUUUUUUCAUACUGAAGUUUUUUCUGAAAUCUUCUGGUAUCUUUUUGGGUUAAAACAAUUGUGUAUAAUUCUUAUUGUAACCUGAAUUCAAAUGUUUAUGACCUUGAUACCGGCCGUUGAACGUAAUCUUUUUAAAACUUUGUUCUUGUUUUAAAUUAUUUUAGGAAAUCUUGUUUAUUCAAUUGGUGUUAAUUUAUAAAUGGUUAUUAUUGGUUGUCUAAAAUUAGGUACUAUUUUAAGAGAACACAAGAUGACAAAUAUAUUAAUCGAAUUUAAUUUAAGUGUAAAUGUAACUUUGAGGUUACUUUCGUAUGUUUUACAUUCCUUGUAGAAGCGUUUGGUUAAUGCGACAUACGCAGUAAAAAAACUGUUUAUUUUUGUACUAAAGAACGUGUUGUAUUUUAAUGAGAAAAUGCUACAAUAAUAUCUCUUUUUCUCUUACCGCUAAAGGCUACUAAGAGACGUUAAUCGGCUAAGAGAAGACAAUUUGACGAAUUCGUAUGCGGUUAUAUACAAAAUAAUUAUUGUGGUAAAUAAAAUUUACGAUUUAUAAUUAUUGCUAUAUUGUAAUCAAAAAGUGACGUUUGUUUAGUCGAUUUUAUUUAGAUCAAUUAUGUGGUGUCGGUUGAUGUGCGUCCCUGGUUUUUCAAUGCAUUUUGUUACAAAAAAUAAAUUUUUUACGAUGUCAUUGUAAACUUUUGCUUUGGAUAAACCAAAUAAUUGUAAAUAUCAAAAGGAAUAUGGAAAAA